AAAGUGAGGACUCUGACCAAAAUGCCUGAGGGUUUCCCUGCCUACCACAGCCCUCUGUGUUCUUAAAUCCUCCUGUGUCAACAGAGGCCAGACUCUGGGUUCCCCCACAGCCUGUCUGUGUCUGUCCUCUGCAAAGCCAUGUGGCUCUACCUGGCAGUCUUCGUGGGCCUGUACUACCUUCUGCACUGGUACCGGGAGAGGCAGGUGCUGAGCCACCUGAGAGAUAGGUAUGUGUUCAUCACGGGCUGUGACUCUGGCUUCGGGAAACUGCUGGCCAGACAGCUGGACGCACGAGGCUUGCGGGUGCUGGCUGCGUGUCUGACAGAGAAAGGAGCCAAGCAGCUGAGGGACCAGACUUCAGACAGGCUGGAGACGGUGACCCUGGAUGUCACCAAGACAGAGAGUGUUGCUGCAGCCGCCCAAUGGGUGAAGGAACGCGUGGGGGACAGAGGACUCUGGGGCCUGGUGAAUAAUGCUGGCAUCUCCUUGCCUGUGGCCCCCAAUGAGUUGCUGACCAAGCAGGACUUUGUGACCAUAUUGGACGUGAACUUGUUGGGGGUGAUCGACGUGACUCUGAGCCUGCUGCCCUUAGUGAGGAAGGCCAAGGGCCGUGUGGUCAACGUCUCCAGUAUCUGUGGCCGGGUGUCACUUUUUGGUGGAGGCUAUUGCAUUUCCAAGUAUGGCGUGGAAGCUUUCUCCGACUCUCUCAGGAGGGAACUCUCCUACUUUGGGGUGAAGGUGGCUAUGAUUGAGCCUGGCUAUUUCAAGACUGCUGUGACCAGUAAAGAGAGAUUCUUAAAGAGCUUCCUGGAGAUUUGGGACCGGUCCAGUCCAGAGGUCAAGCAGAUCUAUGGCGAGAAGUUUGUUGCAUCCUGUAAGAAAUCAGCUGAACAAUUGGAGCAGACUUGCACACAGGAUUUGUCCUUGGUGACCAACUGCAUGGAGCAUGCACUGAUUGCCUGCCACCCCCGCACUCGCUACUCAGCUGGCUGGGAUGCCAAGCUUCUCUACCUCCCUAUGAGCUACAUGCCCACCUUCCUGGUGGAUGCCAUUAUCUACUGGGGUUCUCCAAGCCCGGCCAAGGCUCUAUGAAGCCAAGGCUCGGGUGCAUGGUUGCAUGGAUUUGGGGUGUGCUAUGAGGGUGAUGUAUCCUUGGGAGAGAAAUAAAGUAGAGGGAGGACGCUGUCAGGUCAGUAGGACACCGAUCUCACCUCCUUCAUUACCUCCUGGCCAUGAUUCUUCUGGGAGAUAAUUCUGCUCUCUGAAGAUGUUGGUAGGAAAGUUAAGCAGCUGAGAAACAGGAACCAAAUAGUGCUUCUGGGUGCAUUGUCACCUUAGGUGGCCACUCAAGGGUCCAAGCCUCUUGUGCUAAAAACUGGGGUGGGUGUGAGCAGGUGGAAAGAGCCUCAGCCCAUGCUAUUACCUCCUGCUUCCUUAUCAGGCUGUGUGUUAAUUCUGGGCCAGUCUGGGCCAUGGGGUGGAAAUGGCUUGGGAGACAUGAGGGGACCCCUUCUCUGAAGAUCCCUGUAUACAUGGUGUUGGGAACAGUAGCGCAACCAUUACACGGCCCCAUAGACCUCAUGAGUCAUCCCAGCAGCAGUGGCUGGAAGGUGGUGUCCUCAGCAGGGAUCUGUGCAAAGGACAAAUAAAUCAGUUUUUGAUUUGUCUUGAAA